AUGCCUCACCCCGGCGAGCAGCAUGUCAGCAUUGCGAACCCAUUCGAGGAGCCUAAGAGGCGCAUAUCAGAAUACACCGCCCAGGAGGUCUCCAUUCUCCAAAACCGACUCGAGAAACAGCUCGGACCUGAAUACAUCUCGGCGCGGGCCGGCCCCUCAGGCCAGAAGGUGCACUACAUCGCGGCGGAGAAGUGCAUCGCCCUGGCCAACGAGGUCUUUGGGUUCAACGGGUGGUCGUCCAGCAUCCAGAACAUCCAGGUGGACUUUGUCGACGAGAACCCCCAGACCAUGAAGAUCAGCCUGGGCCUGUCGGUCAUCGUGCGGGUCACGCUGCGGGACGGGACCUUCCACGAGGACAUCGGGUACGGGCACAUUGAGAACUGCAAGGGGAAGGCGGCGGCGUUUGAGAAGGCAAAGAAGGAGGGGACCACGGAUGCGCUGAAGAGGACGUUGAGGAACUUCGGAAACGUCCUGGGUAACUGCAUCUAUGACAAGACCUACCUCGCCAAGGUGACUAAAAUGAAGGUCGAGCCGACCAAGUUUAACGAAACUGGUCUGCAUCGACAUGCGGAUUUUAUCAAGAAGGAACAGGCCGAGGCGGCGAGAAUCGAGGCACUCAAAGCGGAUGCAGAUGUGUCUCAAGCCAAGUCAAGUGAUUCAUUCGAAGACAUAUUUGGAGAGUUUGACGAAGUAGAUUUCUGUGUCACCGAAGACGAUCACCCUGAUGAAAUUACGCUUGCAAACUCCGUCCAGACCUCCUCAAACGAGAAGACUCCAAAUCAACAAGCGGUUAACGCUCCAUCUAUGCAACCGCCGUCGCGACCUCUGGCGAGAUCCGUCUCAGCGGGAAGCACUUAUAAUAGACAACCUCAAACUCCGAAUCAACCCACUCCCCGUGGCCAAUUUAGUGGAGGACAGAAUCAGCCGGGCCAUAGCGGAUCUCGACCUCAACAGCAACAAUUCCAGCAAAAUCGACCCCAGCCUCACCAGAACGGCAAUUACACCAGCCACGGACCCAACCAGAACGGCCAUCCCCACCAGACGCCGCCCAAGCCUCCAGGACCGAGUGUACCCGGAGCAGGUGGGGGGGAGGUGGUUGGCUUCUUCUCCGCCCGUGCCGUGAGCCAGCUACCCGAGGAGUCACUCAACAGCGGCCAGGUUGUGCCGCAGGCAGGUCAGAUCUUCAACCCGCGCGCCGAAAGCCCCUCGAUCCGCAAGACCCCCGGGAUCGACCACACAAAGUCCAAACCCGUCGCCAGGAAUGGCCAGCACGUCGCCCCGUCCUCGACCCAGUCCGGCGGUAGCACAGCAGCCGGCCCCGCCACAGGAGCCGCACCCACAGCCGGAGCUGGGGCCGGGGCCGGCAUGGUGGGGUGCGCCUCCGGCCCCGCCCCGCCGCAGCCGGCAGCCGGGAGGGGCAACGUCAUCAACCCGCAGCUCGACCACGCGCGGCGGAUCGGCGCGCCGGGUGGCGGGCCGGGCAGCCCCCUGGCUAACCGCGGGCAGUAUCGCCCGCCCACCAUCAUCCACAAGCGGCAGCUCCCGGGCGAGGGCGCCGGGCCCGGUGGUGGUCCCGGGGCCGCCAGGGCGCCACUGGCGGACGUGUCGAAUAAUAAUAAGAAUAACCCUGGCCAGGCGGCCGGGGCGGGGGCGAUGGGACCUGGUGGACCGGAUGCGAAGAGACAGAAGAUGGCCUAA